UGGGAAGUGGCUGUCCCUGGAGUUGUGUGUGAUGAUGGCUGCAGCGGUGAUUUAUGCCCAAAAUGCCCUCAAAAUGAAAAACAUGUAUUUGAAAAGGACUGCAGUAUUAUUACCGACCCUAACGGUCCAUUUGCUGCAUGUCACAAAGUUAUCGUCCCUGACUCCUACUUCAGAGAUUGUGUUUAUGAUGUCUGCAUGACUGAGGGAGACGAACAUAUGCUGUGCCACAGCAUCGCUGCGUACAUGAGUGACUGCCAGAACUUUGGCGUCCCGAUUAAAAACUGGAGAACCUCAACAUUCUGUCCCUUAUCAUGUCCUCCCAACACUAUCUACGAAAUCUGUGCAAAGGCAUGUGAUGCACCUUGUCCUGGCCUUACUAGUGUAAUGGAGUGUAAUAUUCAGACCUGUCUUGAAGGCUGCAUGUGUAAACCUGGAUUCUUUACCAAUGGGACUGGAUGCGUUACAGCAGAUCAGUGUGGCUGCUAUGACAAAGGACACACCUAUAAGCUCCAUGAGACCGUCGUCACUGAGAACUGUCAAGAACGCUUGACCUGUCUACCAGCCGGCAAAAUAGAACACCAAAACAUGAGUUGUGAAAGUAGUGAAGUCUGCACCACUAAGAAUGGUGUUCGUGGAUGCUACCCAAGGCAGUGCAUGGUGGAGGCUGAUGGCUCCUUUAGCCUUUUUAGUGGAGAAACCUGGAACAUCACGUCUUUAGGAGCCUACGAGUUAGUGAAAGCCUGUAAUGGUGCUCUUGAAGAGGAAUGGUUCCGAGUGGUGGUGGAGUUUGGAAGCCAGAACAGUGUUGUGGCUGUGUACGUCUACUUUGAAGAAGUCUUCAUUACGGUCACCAACAAUCAGUCCACUUGGAUCAAUGGAAAGCUUCUGACUCUGCCACAGAAGCUGAAGAAUGAAGUGAUUGUUGAGUUGGUUGAAGAUACACUCACUAUUGAAAAGAAGGGUAUCCUGAGAGUGUCUUUCAGUCUUUCACUAGGGCUUAAAGUGAGUGUGAGUGAUGGCAUGGCGUCGAAGGUGUGUGGAGCCUGUGGAAGUGAUGACAAAAUAUUUCUUCUCCAGCCGCAAAGCAUUAAAAAAUUCAUGGCCAAAUGGAGAGCACUUGACUUUCCAAAUUAUCUUUGUUAAAUGUGCUUUUGAUAAAAUGACAUGGGCAUAUCUGCAUAUUGGAAUUGCUUUUUUAAAUCAAUUGAUUCGAAGAAUAAAUGACGAAAAUUCUAACAGUAAGGCCCUGUUUACACUUGGUAUAAGGAAUCAAGAUGUUUCAAGUAAUUGGAUCACAAAUCAGCUGAAAUAGACUGCUGUUCAUGAGUCUCAAAUGCAUCCUCACUAACCUCAUUUAGAAUGACAUCAAUAUGAAGGCAAACUCAAACACAUAAAAUAAAAACCUCAAACAAAUAUAUUAAUUAAUUGGAUGGCAAUUUCCUAAAUAAAUUCUAGACUUCAAGACAUAUGCAGCAUUAAUGAACAUUACACAUUACAAACAAUUAACAUCUUAAUGCUAAUUUUGCUCAUUAUUGCACAUUAAACUCCCUUUAACCCUUUUUAGUGUUAAUUGUCUUUGUAUAGCCCAUCUAUACAUUUGGUAUCACUAAACUGUUUCUUUCAAAUAAUAAUACGUACUGUAAACAAGGCCCUAUAUUAUUAAGCGUCAUUCAAAUUAUUUUGUUUAAAUUUAAUCCUUUACGGAUAAUAAUGCAAUCUUUACAUAAUUUAAGAAGUGAGACAUAAUGUAAUCUUUAAGCAAGAAUUAAGAUCCAAAUCUAUCAAAUUUUGCACAGCUUUACUCAUUGAUUAUGUUCUCUUAUUGCUAUGCCAUAUUUUCAUUAUAUUUGCAAAUAAAGCCUUUCU